AUGAACUCCACAUCUUUCAGAAGAACCCUCUUCGCCAUGCUGAUUUUUCGGCUUGGCCUUGCUAUUGCCGAUUCGUACUGCAAGCCAACUCCAGGCUCACCAGACUGGCCGUCUCAGUCUGACUGGCAAGCGUUGAACGACUCCAUCUCUGGCCGACUGAUUGCGCCUGUUCCUCCGGGACUGGUCUGUCAACCACAGAGUCCCGCUUUUAACAACCAGAGCUGCCAAUCUCUGUACAGCCAAUGGAGCAAUUCCACUUUCCAUGCGCAGAACCCAUUUACCUCUGAUUACAAUGAUGACACGUGCCUGCCUGAUGCUCGAGCACCUUGUUCGGCGGCAGGGUACCCUGCUUAUGUCGUCAAUGCCACAAACGCGAAGCAUGUGCAAGAAGGUGUCAAGUUCGCGCAUAAGACAGGAGUUAGACUCAUCGUGAAGGGCACCGGGCAUGAUUUCCCUGGGAGAUCUGCAGGUCAAGAUGCGAUUUCAGUGUACACACACAAUAUUCGUGGGAUUCAAGUCGACCACGAUGAUGAACGGGCCAAAAAAGCUGGGGGCGCCGCCUCAGUCAAGAUCGCUGCUGGAACACAGAUGGGUGAGCUAUAUGCGGUCGCGGCUGAAAACAACAUUACUAUUGUUGGAGGAGCAGAUCUUAAUGUCGGCAUUGGUGGCUGGGUCACUGGCGCUGGUCAUAGCCCUAUCAGCGCUAAAUACGGUCUCGGGGCAGAUCAAGUCAUCGAGAUGGAAGUUGUCACCGCCAAUGGGACUUUACUGACCGUCAAUGAAACCUCAUAUCCAGGCCUCUAUUGGGCCAUGAGAGGUGGUGGUGGAUCUACCUUCGGUAUUCUCAUCUCCGUAACUGUCCGGGCGUUCCCAAGCCUCCCAGGCAGUAUCUAUGGAUUCUACUACAACACAACGGCGAACAGUGAGACUUUCUGGGAUCUAGCAACCUUCUUCCACCGUCAACUGCCAAAUAUUUCUGAUAGCGGAGCAAUGGGCUAUUACUUCUUGACUCCAGAUACAGGAGAGGACGAGCCUGAUCCAGCAAUUCGAGGGAAACUCUUUGGGAUAUGGCUGUUGCCUGAACAAUCAGCGCAAGAGGCUAACGCCACGAUGACACCCUUUGAAACUGCGAUUCGUAAGGAAUCAUCCGCCUGGCCAGAUCCGGUACAUUCCUAUGUUACCUUGGAUGAGUUCUCCGAUUUUAGCACCUUCUGGCAGUUCAAUCAACCAGGCACCGUUGGCUUUCCUGGUCGUCUUGGUUCUCGACUGCUUGGUCGAGAUGCUCUUUCCAUUGAACCAGAGCGCCUAAAGCAAGCCUUGAAGAACAGCACCUUGAUCCCUCAGUUUUCUAUCCUAGGCCAUGUUGUCGCUGGUGACGGGGUCAAAAAUUCAGAUAUUAUAGGUGGGAAUAACUCUGUCCUUCCUGCAUGGCGUGAUGCCAUCACUCAUUUAGUUCUUCCGAGAUCAUGGCCAUAUCUAAACGAAACUGCAAAAGAGGAGAUGACGACAGUGCUCCGUGAAAUCGAGCUCGAAGCCCUUCGCCAGAUUUCUCCGGACUCAGGGGCUUACGUGAACGAAGCUGAUCCAACGGAGCCGAAUUGGCGACAGACAUUUUGGGGUGCCAAUUACCCCAGACUCCUCGAGCUAAAAGACUAUUGGGAUCCCACCGGAGUGUUCUGGUGCGUGCCCUGUGUUGGUCACGGCCGUUGGAAUGUGACGAGUGACUUUGGCGUCGAAGGUGCCAUAGGUCAGACCCCUGGGAAGAUUUGUCGGACUUCAUGA